UACUUUGUGUGCGUUUGAAAGGUGACAUAUCAUAAAGAAACUAGCAAAAAAGUAGUGAUAUUUGUCUAUUCAGUCAAAAGUUAUUGCAUCUUGAAAAUGAGUGAAGAGAAAGAAGAAAUUCGAUACAUUUUAAAAUUUUAUUUUAAAAAAGGGAAGAAUGCAACUCAGGCUGCUAAAAAAAUUUGUGAUGUUUAUGGACAUGAUGCUGUAUCAAUACGUGUGGCACAAAGCUGGUUCAAGCGUUUUCAAUCUGGAAAUUUUGAUGUCAAAGAUGCACCUCGCUCUGGUCGACCGAUCACUGAAAAAGUCGAUGAAAUUAUGAAAAUAAUUGAGCAAGACCGGCACAUUAGCAGUCACGAAAUCGGUAAACAACUGAACAUCGACCACAAAACAGUUUUAAACCAUUUGCAGAACGCUGGAUACAAAAAAAACCUCGAUGUUUGGGUGCCACAUGAUUUAACAGUCAAAAAUUUAAUGGAUCGAUUUUCUAUCUGCGAAUCAUUGUUAAAACGAAACGACAUCGAACCAUUUUUGAAACGGCUCAUAACAGGCAACGAAAAAUGGAUCACGUACGACAAUAAUGUACGAAAAAGAUCGUGGACAAAGCGAAAUGAAGCUCCGCAAACUGUGGCAAAGCCAAAAUUGACGCCAAGAAAAGUGAUGCUGAGUGUGUGGUGGGAUUGGAAAGGAAUCGUUCACUACGAGCUGCUGCCGUCCGGUCAAACAAUUGAUUCUAACCUCUACUGUCAACAACUGGAAAGAUUACGCCAGGCAAUUGAGAAAACGCGACCAGAAUUG